CCGUAACACGUGACCGUGUGUUUACAGAACGCGCACGGAGUCAGUGCACGUGUCGGCGCUAAACACACAACACCGAAAAAAAGAAAGAAAGAAAGGCACAGUGUCAGAUGCUUUUCGUAAAAAGAUGAUGACUAGACGCUUGUUUCGUUUAUUGUCCAAAACGGAAAAACUGAGGUACCAUCGAAUCUCCAAUACUUCUGCUCAUGCCUCUUUGUACAUGUUAACAUCAUGUCUGUCUACAAAGAGUUUUCAGGAGAGGAACAUUCUCCUCAUGGGUCCUCCUGGGGCUGGGAAGACGUCAGUGGGACGGAUUUUGUCCCACAGACUCAGGAAGCCUGUAAUCGAUAUAGACGAUGAUGUUCUGGAAAAGACAUGGGGGAUGACAGUAGCAGAGAAGCUGGCGCAAGUCGGAGGUGAACGUUUUAUCGAUGAAGAGGGUCGAGCUGUAUGCAGCUUCUCAGCCUCUGGAUGUGUGAUCUCACUUUCAGGCUCGAACCCGCUCCACUCGGAUGCCAUGCGGCACCUGAAGCGCUCAGGAAUCGCUCUCUAUUUGGACGCGGACACUGAAGACAUUGUGGAGAGGCUGUGCAGAAUGAAGGUGAACAGAAUUGUAGGUCAGGGUGCUGGCAUUUCCUUGAGGGAGAUCUUAAAGUACCGAAAGCAGUUUUAUGAAAAGUGGUUGGAUGCCAGAGUGUUUUGUGGAAGGGGGGACACUGUAGGAGAAGUAGCGGAGAAAGUUAUCAGGGUUCUACAUAAAUAUCAGGACUCUGAAUCAGAGACCUACAUCUCCACCCGAAGCCAGAGACUUGCAUCAAACAGUGAUGUGAAGUUCUUCAGUGAUGUUGUCGUGGAGGGAUUAGCUCCCGAUGGUGGGCUUUAUGUACCUAAUAAAGGAUUCCCAAAACUGGAACCUUCUGAAUGGAUAAGAUUAGCGGAUAUGUCUUAUCCUGAACGUGCUUUGGUCAUACUUGAGAAGUGCAUACAUCCACUGGAUAUCGCUCCAUCAGAACUUCGCUUGAUGGUUAACCGAGCCUAUGGGCAGAACUUUGCCAGCAAAUCAGUGGCACCUGUUAAGCAUCUUGCUGAGGAUCAGUACAUUCUGGAGCUCUUCCACGGUCCCACUGCUUCUUUUAAAGACCUGGCACUUCAGUUAAUGCCACAGCUCUUUGCUCACUGCCUUCCGCAGAUGUGCAACUACUUGAUCCUUGUGGCCACAUCUGGGGACACAGGAAGUGCAGUUCUUAGUGGGUUCAGCAACCUCAGAGAAAGCGACAGGCAGCGUAUUGGUGUGUUGGUGUUUUUCCCUGAGCAAGGCGUUAGUGUCAUACAGAAACUGCAGAUGACUGGAUUCAAGGGGGACAACACCAGGUCUGUCAGCAUCUUCUCUGACUUUGACUUCUGCCAGAGGACCAUCAAGAGGAUGUUCGGCGACUCAACGCUGGCUGGCCACUUUGCAGUGGAGUAUGCCACUGUUCUUAGCACAGCUAACUCCAUCAACUGGGCACGGCUGCUCCCACAGGUGGUCUACCACUCCUCUGCAUACCUGGACCUCAUGAGAGACGGUGUGGUGAAAUUCGGGCAACCCAUUGACGUGUGCAUCCCAACUGGAAACUUUGGAAACACCAUAUCUGCAAUCUAUGCUAAACAACUGGGCGUCCCAAUAAGGGACAUCAUAUGUGCCUCUAAUCAUAACUGUGUAGUCUCUGAUUUUAUCUGUACUGGUCAGUACGAUCUCCGAGGCAGGAAGCUCAUGCUAUCAAAUUCUCCUGCUAUUGACAUUCUAAAGUCUUCAAAUCUCGAACGGUUUUUGCAUUAUGCAUCCAGCGGGGACGGUAAGCUCGUCCGCGACUUGUUUGUAAGCCUUGAGAAAGAGCAGCGCUUUACCGUGUCGGAGGAUUUAUUACGGACGAUACGUCAGGACGUGCAAGCAGGGUGGUGCUCAGAGGACGACUGUCUGACUACGAUUCAGGAAGUACACUCCAAAACAGGCUACGUAAUGGACACUCACACUGCUGUGGCCAAAUCCGUGGCUGACCGGCUGCAUGAUAAGACGUGUCCAAUUGUUCUGUGCUCCACUGCGCAUUUUGGGAAGUUUGCUCCAGCUGUUCUUAAAGCUCUACACUGUCCUGACGUCCCACAUGAGCCUCUGGAGCAGCUGGACGCACUGUGUGGUAUCGCAGGCCAAGAGCUAAUGCAUCAAAGUCUGUAUGAGAGUGUAAGAGAGAGAGCAAGUCAUUCACAUACAGUAUGCCAGCCUGAGUUCAGUGUGCUGACAGGCGAGGUGGAAUCCAUGAUUCACGACUCAUUUAUGAAGGUUAGGUAGGACAUGGAUGUCAGGGCUGUCAGUACAUAGGCACAAGAAGUGAGGAGCUGCAGCAUCCCCUAGUGGCAGCUGCCAGGGCUGCAGCUUCGCUAAGUCCCGACACAAAAAACCCAAUGACGUCACUCAUUUACAUUCAGUUGUUAACUUAAAACAUCUGCACAAGUGCAUUUUUCAGAACAAAUCAUCCUAAACGUAUUCAAAGGCAAAAUGACCAUACAUAAAACCACUGAGGUAACACAUGAUUAUGUGUGGGUGGAGUCAAAGAGGAAUGCUGAGUAGACAAAUAAAACCAAUAAAGAAAUGAAACCCAUAAUAAUAUCUAAAAAAGAAACCUAUGAGAUCUGCAAUGCAGUUAUCAUGAGCUUUAACCCUGUAAACAAAAUCCACCACAGACCAGAUAAAGUCACGUAACAUGCAGUCUUGAUCGUGUGAUGGUGAGUUUUCCUCAUAAAUUUAAUAAAUGCAUGAAUACUAUGAAAUUAUUCUCAAAUUACAUUUUAAUAUCGAACAGUUUCUCUGCUUUAAAAUGGUGCGGAUAUCAUGAUAAACACAAGGCUUGGUGGUUAAGGCUUUGGGUUACUGAUCAGAAGGUCAGGGGUUCAAGCCCCAGCGCUGCCACUGUUGGGCCCUUGAACAAUGCAACAAUUUAUUUUAAAGUCCAAAAUGUACAUUAAUAAAUCAGCACAGAAAUGGAAAGGUAAACAAGUUCAAUUUUACAAUUCUAAAACUCAAACAUAAAAUCAGCUAGUAUAAAAAGGUACCGUGAUACCCACAAUGCCUCAAUGAAAUCCAGCAGCUGGGAAACUGCUUGCUGUCCCACUGUCUAGUAGAGCUGAUGAAGAUCCUCAUAUGAGUGAAGAGAUUGAAGAUGACUCAUUAACACCACUUCAGUAGUUGAACUCAGAUGGUGCCUCCUGAACACGUCUCCUAGAUGGCAGUGUUGCUCUGCGAACAUGUCGACAUCAAAACGCUCUUUUCUCGAAGGGGUAAAAUUCUCAAAUCCUGGCACACGGCUGUGGAGUUUAUCAUGCUUUCUACUUUCUUCUGUGUAUGGAACCAUCUAUACGUAAUGAUGGAGCAUCAAUAUUUAAGGCUUCUGAUUUAUUAUAAUAAUUCAGAUUCAUUAUUUUUUCCUGCGGAGGUUAGAACGUGUUGGACAUUUGGACAAGUGCCACAAUAAAACCUUAAUAAUAGUGCUUUUCUCAGAAACUCAACACCGUACUCACCGUUUGCAACUUAUUAAUUAAAUCUUUGAGUUAAAUCUGACAUGUUGGUGAUGGGAAAGUAUCAAAAUCAGUUAAAACGGUACCGGGCCUCACAUUUCACACAUCACAUUACAGUGUAAAAGAUAUUUACACCAAAUGUAGCCAAGACAUGUUUGGUGUGUGACUUUUGUUUCUUUAGUUUUGCACUGGAGCUACAAGGCUAAUGUGAUGAACAAGAAAUGGAAGUCUAUAGCCUCCAGUGUAGCAUGGUCCAAACUGCCAGAGUAACUUAAUAAUAAAAGCUAGUUUGAUUUUUUUUUUUUUAUUGGUGUAUUUAUUUAUUUAUUUAUUUAUUUUAGAAUGUUCCACCCCGACCGGAGUACUCCAUUUUUAUUUUUGUAAUUGUUACAAAAUAAAACUUCAUUAAAAUAACGUUUGCUGCAUUGAGUAUGUACCAAACCUUCCACCUAAGCAGAAUGAAAUAGCGUGAUCAUCUUCUAUUAUUGACAGAUUGGUCAUUUACAUUCACACAUACGUAUAUGUAAAGGCACAUAAAAAGGGUCUAAACUGAAUAGACACACUGAAGCUUUUAAAAAAAUGACUAUAAUUACAUGGAUAUUCCAGGAU